CCUAAAAAAUGCAAUAUUUUCCAGGUGGCUGCUGGUAUGAUAUUAGUUAGCGGUAUGCGACUUAGUUUGCUAUGCUAAGAAUAACAGAGUCACCUGUACACUAAUGUAAACCAGGUUUAUAUUAAGUGAGGGGCAUGAUUCUGUGUUGGAUCGCCUACGUUUGUGCAGCGCUUGCUGCUGUGGUGGCUGGGACGUCUUCUAUUCAACGAAACAACGUGAACAACUGCACAGAGAGUGGUGAUGUAAUGGAAAUAGCUUUCUUGGGCUGGCCGCACCGGUUUUACUGCAACUCCCUUAUAGAGCACACUGGACUGGCGAACGAGUAUUUCUACAACGAACAACUUGAUUUUGAUAACGUGCAGUGCUCAAUCUUCGAUUUGGACAAAGGUAUUUUGCUAUAUAACGUAACUGAAGUUUACGACGAAUACGGUACCACGUUUAGCGAACUUGGGUAUACAACAGCUGACAUACGAAGUGGAGACUCGACAAAUUAUCAAAUCAAUUUCAUGAUGCCGGGCAUGGUAAAAUGCGAAAGCGUGUUCGUACAUCUUAAUAUUACGAAGUUUGAGAAUCGAACUUGUGAAGAAUCGAUACUUGACGAAACAGCACAUCACGUUAUAGGUUUAGUAGCAAACGCCAGGGGUUCUUUAAAGUGCAUGUUACCAACUCACGUCCAACCAAAAGUUCACGUUAACGUCGAAGAUCACGUGUCUUGGUUACGUAAUUGCGUCAUGUUAGAAGUGGGUACGGACGAUGACUUUAUGGUGAAAUCCGGUGGGCACCUGAGUUUACCAAGUGUAACGUACCAACACCCAGGGACAUACACUUGCGCAGUAACCUAUAACGGGAUGACGAGGUACACUGUUCACCACAGGGUUUGCGUGAAACCGAAAAGCAAUCGUCAACUUUCGAUCAAAUGCUCAACUUCAGUAUACAAACAUAACAUACUUGAUGAUAUAAGAGUUAAAUGCACUGGUUACCUUGCACACGAUGUGGACUUGGAUAGCGUGCGAGUUGUUUGGACCAAGGAUAACAGUGAGAGUGAUAUCUGCUCUAUACACGGCAAUGAAGGAGCAGUGGACACUCCGGCAAAUUCACGCACGUCAUGUUCAAUAAAAGUUGAAAAGAUCUGUUUCCGUGAAGUUCAAGAUUCAACCGACAUUGAAGCUGCCCCCGCUGUUAUAGAUAUGAAACUUAAAAUCAGAAACCUUAAACAAUCGGACUUCGGUCGCUACGAAGUUUCGCUGUUUCAAAGAACUUUAAACCAAACAGCUGCAUUUGAGAUUCAAAGCAACCUUCAGACAUUUUUGUUGGUUCGUCACGCAACAAUAACGUGUGUGGCCAUGGCGCUUAUUUUGUUACUGCUCAUGUUCACUGCAGUGCUAUGGUGGAAACGAGUAUAUUUGUUUGUAUACUACAAACGAAAAUUCGGCACUAAUGAGCCUGACAACAAAUGUUACGGAGCGUUCUUGUCUUACCACUUUUCAACUGACAUGGACAAAUUUGCAAAGCAGUUGACACGUGACGCAGUUUCAGUGGUGCGUGACGGUCUUGAGGGGCUUGGGUACCGAGUGUAUGACGAAGUGAAAGACGGUCAUAGUAGCGGAUAUCAAGCCCCGAAUAUCAUAAACACGAUGCGCAAAUGUCACAAAGUUAUUAUUAUUAUUACACCAGACUACCUCAAAGACCACUGGUGCAUGUUCACGCUUCAAAAGAGCUUUCUUGAAAUGAUUGAAGCCAGAUCGAAAAUGAUUUUCAUUUUAACUCCUGGCAGCAGCGCAUUUAUAAAGCAGCAUAGACAAGACAACGAAAGUUGUCGAUUGGUGCACCGAGCAAUUGCGCUCAACCACGCCCUACAGUGGUCAGACGAACGGCGCUUCGAUCUGAAAUAUUUUCUGCUUCGUCUCGAAAACGUCAUGCCAAAGCUAGUUUCGCAACGUUUUCGUCACGUGUCUCAUACGUCAUCAGUGAGCAGUCAACCAUGUCGGUACAACAGCGGGUAUCUACGUUCUGUGAGUAACGACACGCAGACUACAGAGUUAGGGUCACCAAGGCCCGAAAGCGAGAAAACUUUCACAGAACUCACUGUGACUAUGGAAAAGGAAAAUGAACUACGAGUGUGACGGCACAGAAUAUAACUGUUACGUCAUAACUGAAGAGAUUAGCUGACCUUUAUGUAUGAAGGUUCAAAAACUGCACUUUUUCAGACUUUACCUUUCAUGAUCCGUUCAAGCUUCUUGCGGAUCGAAGCAUAUAUGGGCCAUCUUUGCAUUCCUUCGUGCUUUUCUAUGUGGUGCCCUUUAGUUUUAUAGAGUUAGCUAGAAGGUGUUGGCAUCAAUUUAUUUGGGCGCUUCCACAAAAGCAAACAAGGUGACCAGCAACAAAACUAAAAUGUCAUUAUUAGAAUACACCAAAGUAUAAUUGCAACCUUGCAACUAUUCAAAGGGCAAACCAACAAAAAAGUGGUUUAAAAUUUAGCAGUACUUUUAGAUCACAUUUGAUAAUACUAUUUACAAGUUUUAAGUUUUUGUUUGCAUCUAUUUUUAAAUUUCCCAUUUAAUUUUUUAAGUGUGACAAUUUUUUUUUGGUAAGUUCCAGUUUUAGAAUUAAAGCCAUAUUCGCACUGUGAAAAAAAAUGCUAAUCAACAAAAAAAUUUAAAACACACAAAUAUUUUCAACAUAAAAAAAUUUUUUCUGUUUUUUUUUAAUGUAUUUGUUGUUAAAACUGAUCAACGACUGAAUAGUAAUGUCUUACGUGCAUUGUUUACAACAUUCUUGAUAUUCAUUCAUUUAAAUCUGUUUUUUUUUACAAUCGCUUCCCAGUUACCAAAGUCCUAAUAAAUAUUUCGUA